AUGUCGUUGCGAUUGGCUAAAGGACUUCUUCAAAAAGUUCCCGUUUUGACAAAUCAAGGAACAGCCAAAUACCAUGAAAAGGUUAGUUGUAAUUGGAUAGUUUCGUCAUCGCUAACGAGCUUUUUGUUUUUAGGUCAUUGAUCACUACGAGAAUCCAAGAAACGUUGGAAGUUUGGACAAAAAUGAUCCAACAGUCGGAACUGGAAUUGUUGGCGCUCCAGCUUGUGGCGAUGUUAUGAAAUUGCAAAUCAAAGUUGAUGAUUCCGGCAAAAUUGUUGAUGCCAAAUUCAAAACUUUUGGAUGUGGAAGUGCUAUUGCAAGUUCAAGUUUGGCGACUGAAUGGAUUAAUGGAAAAACCAUUGAAUAUGCGUCGAAAAUCAAGAAUGACGAAAUUGCCAAAGAACUUUGCCUUCCACCAGUUAAACUUCAUUGUUCAAGUGAGUUUUUGGGACAUUUUUUUUCGCAAAAAAGUUAUUUAUUUUUCAGUGCUCGCCCAAGACGCAAUUCAAGCAGCACUCAAAGAUUAUCAAAAGAAGCAAAAGGCAAAGACUGUCUAA